AUGGAAUCCCCCACUCCCUCCUUCCACAUGGACGGCUCCAACAGGACACCGGCGGCCGGGAACUUCAACUUGACGCCCUCCCAGUUCGGCUACAGCACCACGAACCUCUCGGACGCGGGCGAACCGAUGCCCACCAGCGUGGUGACAGCGGUCAUCUACAGCAUCGUCUUCGUGGUGGGCCUACUGGGGAACACGCUGGUCAUCUACGUAGUGCUCCGCUACGCCAAGAUGAAGACCGUCACCAACAUGUAUAUCCUCAACCUAGCCUUGGCGGACGAGCUCUACAUCCUGGGGGUUCCCUUCAUAGGCACCAACAGCGUGAUCUCCUACUGGCCGUACGGGGAAUUCCUCUGCAAGGUGUGCAUGACCGCUGACGCCAUGAGCCAGUUCACCUCCAUCUUCUGCCUGACGGCGAUGAGCAUCGACCGCUGCCUGUGCGUGGUCUACCCACUCCGCAGCGCCCGGUUCCGAAACCCGAGGGUGGCCAAGAUCUGCAACGGCAUGGUGUGGGUGACAUCCUUCCUCAUCGUGCUCCCGAUCACCAUCUACGCCCAAGUGCAGGAGUCGCUCCACUCCUGCAACCUGUCGUGGCCGGAGCCCAGCGAGCUGUGGUCCAUUGCCUUCAUCCUCUUCACCGCAACCGUGGGAUUCUUCGGCCCUCUCCUCAUCAUGUGCGUGUGCUACCUGCUCAUUGUGAUUAAGAUGAGGUCGGCGGGGGUGCGAGUGGGUCGGACGAGGCGCGGGAGGUCCGAGCGGAAGGCCACGCGCAUGGUGGUGGUCAUCGUGCUGUUUUUUGUGUUCUGCUGGCUCCCCUUCUACGUGGCCAACAUCGUCAACCUGUUCCACGUCAUCCCCGAGAGCAACGCGACUGCCGCCCUCUUCUUCUUCCUGGUCAUCCUCACCUACGUCAACUCCUGCGCCAACCCGUUCCUCUACGGCUUCCUGUCGGACAACUUCAAGCAGAGCUUCCAGAAGGUGCUCUGCUGCCACAAGUCCAACGGCGUCGGCGCCACCGACCAGCUGGGGAGCAGACACUCUGCACACAAGGGUCUUAAGAUGGAAGUAAUUGGAAACCUUGAAACUGACCCCUUUUCGUCAAAAUCGGGGAACAGCCAGUGAGGGUGGACUUGUUCCCUGAACUUUGGUUGACUAGCAUGUGGACCUGGGCCGAUCGUUGGCUGGCACUUGCGUCUGUCGUUGCUGAUCCUCGCUGGUCUCUGCUCUCUGGUCUGUGGUCUCUGGACUCUGGUCUCUGGUCUUUGGACUCGGCCCUCUCUGGACUCUGGACUCGGGGCCUCUGGUCUCUGGUCUUUGGACUCAGCCCUCUUUGGACUUUGGACUCGGCUCUCUGGUCUCUCUAGACUCUGGACUGGGGCCUCUAAAGGGGGCCAGAGGAGAACACAGACUUUAUCACAGACUUCAUGCUGUGCAUUUGUACUAUCACCUUAAUGAAUGCAUUAUACGAGGUGUCUGUUUAUGUUAUGAUGUAAGAGACACUGUCAGAACAAAGAGCACAGGCUUUUAUUGUCAAGCAGAUGUACUUGUACGCUACAGACUGUUUUAUAUCACGUUUUAGUAAAACCAUUGUUUUUUAUCCGUAUUUGCUGCUGUUUCUAUAAAUUAAUACAUAACACUUUUUAUAUGUUGUUGUUUUGAUAAAAUGAAUAUAAAUCACUAAGACAGUGGUGCAUAGAAAAUACUAGUCAAAAAGAACGAAUUAGCAGUUAGCUUAGCAUAGCAUGAAGAUGUGAAAAAGCAUCUUUAGAGCUCAGUAAAUGACCACAAAUUCUCCAGCACAAAUUAAAGACGGAUCAGAAAGUUUGAACUUAGCAAACAGAGAGCGAUGGAGAGACCUAGUUCAGCCAUUUAUGCCUGUGUUAAUCUGCUUAUUACUGGGGACAAAUACUUCACUUCUGUCUGUUUUGUUGCUUUUGACUCGUUGGUUUUUCUGACACGUUGCAAAGAACGUUACAAAGCUGUGAAAAAUGCCUUAAACUUGCAAAGCCAGUGAAUGUACCACAUCUCUCUCACGUUGCUCUGUCACAGUGGACCAGUGGUGGAUUAAACCAUCCAAUCGUAUUCCGGCCUGACUCCUCAUUUAGAUGCUGGACCCAUUCAGAUUCAUGAUUCGUGUGUAAAACAGCUGAUGUUUAUUGUCACUGUGAAAGCUCAAUAUGCAGUGUCAAACUCUCAUCUCCUUUGAAACAGAUGGUAGCUUUAUAUUUGAAUAUUAAUGUCUCUCCACAUCAACCAGGCUGUUUGACAGAGCAGUGUUGUGUUACCAAAGUUCACCACGGGAAUAAAACAUUUUUUACGGAUCCUCAAAGCUGCUGUGGGUACAGUUAAACCAGGUUUAAAGCCUUUCUGUUGGUUGACUUUUUUGGUUAUUGAUGUUGAUGGAGGUUUGUUCGGUACUUGCUUGUACCCUGAGUGAAGAGAAUUAGAUUUUAUCAUCGUCUUCCCUUUUCACCUGAAUAAAAAUGUCUGUUAAAAAAUAACGUGA